AUGGCAGUCCCUCGGGCAUCUCAAUUCCUUGACCCGUCGUCUGCCAUGGCGACACUCACCAAACAGAAAGCAGAAUCCAUCAAGCUCGCCAGAGAACAAGCUGCAGCUGUACACGAGAUGUGUCGACGCGCAAAAACCGAGAUACCUUCCUACGAAUUCGAAGAACUCAUUGGCAAAGGCGCCUACGGACGCGUCUACAAAGGCCGUCGACUACCUUCCCGAGAUCUGGUGGCUAUCAAAGUCAUGGACAUAGAUAAUCUGGACUACAAGAUGAACCGUGAUAUGAAAGACGAAUCUAUCAAGGAUUUUAUUCACGAGAUCAAAGCCAUGAACCAAGCCAAGGAAGCCGGUGCAAGCAACAUAAACAUGCUUAUCGAAGCCAUCUCGGUUCAUUCUCAACUGUGGGUUGUGUGCGAAUACUGUCCUGGGGGUAGCGUGAAGACUUUGAUGCGUGCCACAGGAGAUAAGCUCGAAGAGAAAUUCAUCAUCCCGAUCGCUCGAGAACUCGCUAGUGGCCUCCGCGCCAUACACGACGCGGGAAUCAUCCAUCGAGAUGUCAAGGCUGGAAAUGUUCUCAUUCACGAAGAAGGGCGUUUGCAGAUCUGUGACUUUGGUGUCGCCGGUAUCCUCCAAUCAAAAGUUGACAAACGCUCUACCUGGAUUGGCACUCCUCACUGGAUGCCCCCUGAGAUGUUCUCGACGCGUGGAGGCAGUGCACAUCAGUAUGGUAGCGAACUUGACGUGUGGGCAUAUGGUUGCACCCUCUAUGAAUUCGCAACUGGCAAUCCACCUAACGCUGGGCUUCGAGAGCGGAUGCAAAUUGGACGGUCUCUUGGGCGUAAUACACCCAAACUAGAAGGUGAUAGUUACAGCCAAGAACUCAAGAGCCUCGUUUCUUUCAGUCUGAACUCUGAUCCUCUCACACGGCCUAACAUGAGUAUGAUUCUCGAACAUUCAUACAUCGCAGGCUCCGAGAGCGAGUAUCCAACCAAGUCAUUGAGCGAACUCGUGCGCAUCUAUUAUCAGUGGUCCCAGCGUGGUGGUCAACGCAUGUCUCUCUUCCACCCCGGCGGCGCUGCGGCUGCCGAAUUUCCAGACAAUGCAUCGCUCGACGAGGACUGGAACUUCAGUACCACUGAUGGAUUCGAAAGACGCUACUCUGUGCUCGACUUGGACCAGCUUUCGGCUACUCUUGCGGAACUUGCAGGGAACGAGCCUUCAACCCCCGAAAACUCUGAACUGCCGUGGGAUGACAGCGCAGUCCCGGAAAUGACAUUAAUCGAAAAGGCAAACUUUGAUGAGCGUGUCAAGCGAGGUGCAGCGGCCAUGGAGGGUCUCUUCGAUGAACAGAAGCCCACUUACAGAUACGAAACCAAGAAUGAUUUCAUCCCCAUUGAGGAAAAGCAACCCCAAUCCGACCUGCCGCUUCGCACGACUACAGAUCGUUCUUCGGUCACAUCAACCUUCAUAGACCUUAACCUCGGUGCAUUCGACUCAGCUCUCUAUGCUGCUGGCUCCGCGUCGCAGUUUCAACUUGCCGAUGCCGAUACAAUCCGCGCUAAUCGGUCGAGCUUCCGUUCUGCGCGCAACUCAGAUGGCGACCAGACACGCAGCCGCUAUAGCGAAACCGAUAGUGAAGAUGAUACUUUUCAACCAAGCGCGCCCCGUCCACCGACUAUGGACUGGAAAUUCCCCACCAUGGUGGUUCCUGAAGAUACCGAGCCAGAAGUAUCGUCAUCUGUGAUUCCUGAGCCCUUUAUCCCGCCCGCGGAAGAAAAACGGGCUACUCGGGAUUGGAAGUUUCCUGUCAUGGCCGAUACUGUAGAUGAAAACAUAGAAAACACCGAAAACACCGAAAACACUUUCAACUACGAAACCCCUGCUCACACGAUUCGCCCUUCCGUCCAAUCACAACAAUCAAUCCUCGACCUUAGCCUAGACCACCCAAACAACCUAAGCGUCGAUGGCAUCGAUGCGGCGGCCAUCUCGCGCCCGUCCACAGCUACAUCCACAAUAAGCGAUUACGAUCCUUUCCGAUUUGACCGAAGCCCCGAGAUCUUACAACGCGCUCACCAACGCGUCACCUCAAAGGCUGUUUCAGUUAUGAGCAGCUCCAGUAUCGACGGCGGUCCCGGUCCUGACCACGAAGAAGAUGUGAUCACUGAUGAUGGGCCUGGACCUGAUCAUGAAGAGAUUCCUGAGCUCACUCCUAACGCCGCCAGCACGUCCAUGGCUGCUCAAAUGGCCCUCUCGGAAACUUCACGGAGCCUCAGUCGUCCUCAGAGUCAGGCCCUGCAAUUCCCGGACAUCCAGUCGCCCAGUGCCGAAUCCCUCAUGGAAGAUGCCUCGGAUGAAGUUGUUGUAGCAGAAUUGGACCGUUUGAUUGACGGGUUCAUGCAAGCGUGCUACGCAACUAUCAAUGCGGUAGAGAAUGUCGAGUGA